AAAACCGUUCCUUUCCCCAACCCCAACGGCCCAACCUCCAUCUCUCUCUCUCUCUCUCUGCGCGAGUGUGUUUCUUUUCCCAAACCUCCAUAUCUGUGUGUGCGUCUCUGUCCCUGUGUUGGAGUGGAUUGCAACUCUCGGAAGAGGACGCCAUGGGGAGACCACCGAGUAAUGGAAACCCCACCUUCCGCUUCAACCAAACCGAGGUUGCGGAGAUGGAAUCGAUUCUCCAAGAACACAAUGCUCAGAUGCCAACACGUGAACUUCUUGAAGCUCUUGCUGAGAAGUUCAGGCAUUCGGCAGAACGGUCAGGAAAGAUUCUAGUUCAAAUGAAACAAGUGUGGAAUUGGUUCCAGAAUAGGCGGUAUGCUAUCAGGGCAAAAACAGCUAAGGCUCCUGGGAAGCUAAGCAUAUCGCCUAUGCCUCGGGAGGAUUCAAGUGUUGUGAGAAAUGUUUCUCAAGCUCCUCAAUCUGCAACUGUUCCGUCUGCAGUCCAAAGUGCAGGAAGAACUGUUUCCGAUAAUUCUCAGAUGGAGUUUGAAGCUAAAUCUGCCAGGGAUGGUGCAUGGUAUGAUGUUGCAAUGUUUAUAUCUCAUCGAUCUCUCGAAACGGGGGAGCCGGAUGUUAAGGUUCGGUUCGCUGGUUUUGGACCUGAGGAAGAUGAAUGGGUUAAUGUUCGCAAGCAUGUCAGACAACGGUCUCUUCCAUGUGAAUCCUCAGAAUGUGUUGCAGUCCUUCCAGGAGACCUGAUACUCUGUUUUCAGGAAGGGAAAGAGCAAGCUCUUUACUUUGAUGCCCACGUUCUUGAUGCACAGCGACGGAGGCAUGAUGUAAGAGGUUGCCGCUGUAGGUUCCUGGUGCGCUAUGAUCAUGACCAGUCUGAGGAAAUCGUGCCUCUGAGAAAGGUUUGCCGGAGACCUGAAACAGAUUACAGGCUGCAGCAACUUCAUGCUGUGAACGAUUCUGGGUCCGUGAACCAGCAAAAGAAGACAUCUGGUCCUCAUACAGCCAACUCUUUGCGAGUGUAUCCGCCUACUGAAACAACGCAGAAACAGCCAAAAGUAGAGGUGGUUGCCCCUGCUCCUCAGGCUAAUGCAACUGUAUCUGCAGAAACAAAAGUUCUACCACCCAAAAGUUCUGAGAUUAGCACUGCGGGUAAUGUGGGAACUCCAAUAGCCCCACCACCGAAUGUUGCUUUGACAAGUGGUGCAGCCACAAGCACCAUCACCAGCGACUCUGGUCAAAAUACGCCACAAGGAUAGGAGUCCGUAGUUUGAGAUUGCUUGUGUCCUGAUGAUCUCAGAAUUCCGUAGUUUGAGAUUGCUUGUGUCUUUCGGAUUGUUUUGUAGGGCUUUCGGCCUUGGGCCUUCCACGUUAAUGCUUGGAUAGAACCAAAAAGCAAAUCUUGUUAAAUAUUUUUCAUCAAUGUAAAUGAUUUCUUUUUUUUUUUUUAUCGGCAAAA